GACUUAGCCCUAUCAAUUCGCCCACAUCACCAUUUUUGGGGGUCAACUUUCUAUAUUACAUUGUCGAGGAAACUCGCUUUCAAAUUGCCCUUGAAUUCGUUUACAUUGCGUGUCGUCACCCUAUGUCUGGUGCCGACGAUCGCCUCCCAUUGUCCCAGUCAUGUCAGUUCGAAGAUUCAGGAAUGCGUACGACCUGUCGCUGAAUAUGCGAAACUUAUAAACAACAAUGACCAGGGUCCUCGCAAUGCUGGGACAUCAGAGAUUGGGAACGCAUUCUCUCUACCGAACAUGGGCAGAAGAGUGUUCAAUGGCCUCUGCAAGUCAGUAGUUACGGAAUGUUCAAUACAACGAGUGGCUUCUCCUUCACGAUAUUUAGCGUUUAUGGAAUCGGCCGAGUGCCUUAUGGAAUUGGAUCGCAAACCGGAAGUGAAAAAAUGUCACGACGAGACGUUGGUGGAAAUCGAGACUGCCAACAGUGAAACUGGGAUUGCAAUGGCAGAGAAACUCGAUCGGAUGUGUGGGGCGCUAAACUUCUUCGCCGGUUGUGUCAAGUCUCCUAUCAAGCACGAAUGUGGAUCAUCAGCCUGGCAGGUCAUUUACAGAGUGCUCAAAGACACGACUAACACCUUGAUGCCGGGAUGCCAUUUCACUGGCGCCUCGACUAGGCUCCUUUCUUCUGAAGUCGAGGGGAAAGCGCCACCCUCCACUGUGACGCAGCCGAUUUUGACAACUACGGAACCAACAUCGACAACAACUACGACCGUUUCUCCCGUCAAAGACUAUGCUCGGUUUCCCAACGAAGAAGCAGUUGCCCAAUCAAGGAAAGGCUUGAGUAAGAAUAUUGUCAGCGAAGAGCUCGCGCAAAUCAAUUCUGUCGGUUCACUACUGAGCCUAAGUAUUCUUCUUUUCGUUUUGACGAUCUUUUCAUUUUGA